AAUAUAUGGUUUUAUUUUCAAGCAGAUAACCUCUGUUAAGUUUAACGUUGUUUCUUAGAGUAGAAAAGUGGAAUAGAAUUUAAAAGUGAAAGAAUUCAAUAGAAUUUGUGAGCAUUAUUAUUUUCAUAUAAUUGCUUUUACAAAGUAAUAUCGUAAAUCUCUAUCAUUUGAAUAUAAAUAUAUAUAAUUGUGCACGUGUAUAUAAUUUACUAAAAGUAAAUAAAAAUAAACAUCUAAAUAUGAACACAUAUUUAGUGAUUAAUUAUUUAUAAAACAUUGCAACUGUGUAUUAACGUAUACAUGUUAAAUAGAAAUUGUUAUAUAUUAUUGUAUCAUUAUGAGUGAAAUCUCAGAAUCACAAAGUAAAGAUAGUGCAGUUUCUCUUAUAACUGAGCAAGAGCGCGAUUUGGCUCAGAAUGCACUAUUAGAAUUUCAAAAAGGUUCCUAUAUAUCAUGUUUAUCACAUUUGAAUAAGUUAGAAAGUUUAAGGCCUAUGGAUCUCAAAGUUACACACAACAGAGUUGUAGUGGAAUAUUAUAAAAGUGACUUGAAGAAAACUGAGCUGAUGCGAAAGAGUUUGAAUGCUAUAUGUGGUCAAAUAUCAAUAGAUUCGAGCAAUGCUUUUGAUGAUAUCGAGAAGUGUGUCAUGAGAUAUAAUCAAGCUAUAUUGUUGUAUCACACUGGACAAUAUAAUGCUGCGCUACAAAUUAUGACCAGACUUUUUGUUUUUAUUGAACCAAUGGAGGAAACUCUGGCCCACAAAGUUUGCCUAUUACUGAUCGAGUUAUAUAUAGUAACGGAACAACCAGAUGCAGCUCUAACUGUAUUAAAUUAUGUAGAAAGUCAAUUAGUAUCUGUUGAUAAUUCUAAAAUAUCAUCCGUUGACAAGGAUGGAGUAAUAAAAUCUAUUAAGGAACAAAAAGAACAGAAGAAAAAUGUUAGUGAUACGCAUAUAAUAGACGCAUUUAAAAUUAAACUCUUAAAAUGUAAAGCAAGAAUAUAUCUUCUGACUCAUCAACUGAAACUCUGCAAAAAAGAAUGGAAAGCAUUAGUUUCAUUGGGCACACCAGCGAAUACAUCAACAAUUUUUUUAAAGGCUAAUUUGGAAUAUUUACGAGGAAAUUAUAAGAAAGCAAUAAAGUUACUGAAUUCUGCAGCGACAGAAAAUUUAGAUUUCAAAUUAUGUGGCGAAUCCUCGGCUGUCUUAUAUUAUAACAAUAUAGCAUGUCUGCAUCUUGCAAUGGGCAAGCCAAACUUGGCAGCUUUUUAUCUUCAGAAAGCUUUGUAUGAAAACAAAUCUGCAAUGGAAAAUAUACAAGUCAAAGACAUCGAUCCUUUAUCUUCUCAACCAUUAUACACACUUGGUGGCAAUAAACAUUACGAAUUAAUGUAUAGUUUGGGCGUAUCGUUCCUUCACGCUGGUCAAGCAUCAAAAGCUUUUGAUUGCUUCACAGAAGCAGCACAAAGAUUGCACAACAAUCCUAAACUCUGGCUCAGAAUGGCAGAAUGUUGUAUUUAUAGUCACAAAAGUUCAAAUGAAAUCGACUUCAAUAUUCCAAAGCGACGCAAAGAUUUGGUGCAAAAAUUUAUAGGUUCUGGUAUGCAUAGGAAGAUUAUACUAACCACAUCUAUCUCAAAGAAUGUUAGUUAUCAUUCGGAAGGCCUGUCUUAUGCAAUCCCACAGCCAACAUUAGAAUUUGGAUCUUUAUGCCUAAAGAAUGCAUUAUUUUUAUUACCAAAUAAUAAUGAACCAAAUAUGUCUGUGUCCACUACAACGAAUUCACAGAUAUUGUCACUAUCAUUAACAUCUAAUCAUAGUUUAGGUGUCCAGCAUACAACGUUAACUUCUCAAGUUACUAUGCUUGAAUCUUUUAAUUUGAAAAUUAGUGUUUUGGCCGCUUGCGCGUACGUGUCAUUAUGUCUCGGAGAUUAUGUACUUGCUUUCGAAUAUGCAAAAAUCCUACUAAGCUUUAAGAAAUUACCUGGAGCAUAUAAAAUGUUAGGCAAUUUAUAUGCUGCUGAAAGUUUGAUCUUUAUGGAUAAAAUCAGUGAAGCUCUCGAACAUCUUAAGCUAGAAAAUCUUCAAGAUUUAAAUACAUUUAUGUUUAUGUCAGAAGUUCAAGAAAAGGAUAAAGAAAAAAUGGAAGAAAUUAUGACGAAACCUAUAAAAACAUGGUAUCCUACAACAGUUUCUACAGGCAUAGCUGUAGUACGUUAUAACUUGGCCGUGGCUUUUGCCAUACGAGGUGAACUAGACAAAUCUGGAGAAACCUUGAAGCAAAUAUGGAUGUCAAAGGAACCGGAUUGUGAUAUACCUAUACAAGUGAUAAUGUUGGCUUUGUACAUAGAAUUACAAUUAGGUCAUACAGAGAUUUCAAAAUCUAUAAUAAAACAGCAUUGUCCACAAUAUCGUUAAUAAUUGAGGUAUAUGUUGAUUAUAAAAAUUCAUAAAUAAUUAUACUCUUCUGUUUAUGUGUGCACGUGUAGUCAAUUUCAAUUUUGAUAUGUGAUUAAUUAAUAUAAUUAAACAAUGUUAAAGAGCUACUUUUGAGAUUGAGACCUUAAAUUUAUCUGUUUUAAUCUCCAUAUUUACUCCAACAAAAUAAACAAACUCAUAUCCUUGUAUAUUUGCUUUUUUGCUCUAAUGUAAGCACAUUUUAGUGGGUAUUAUUCACGGUAUUAUCUUGUCAAGAAAGAGCAGGUGUGCAAGUUUAUCAAAUAUUAACUAGAGAUUUGUUUCCGAAAUUAAUGAUUAUUGUACAGAAAUGUUUUAAAUAAAAAUACAUUCACAAGGGGAACUCCAGACAUCUGAGUUUCCGAUUUUGUCCAAUUUUA